AUCGCGUUGUAUCGUGUACAUUUCAGGGCCACUUAUGGUGAUAACGCAGAAAGUAACCAGCCUUGCGUACAGCAUACAUGAUGGGUUAACGCGACGUGAAGAGGAACUCACGCCAACGCAACGUUAUCAAGCCGUGAAAAAGAUGCCGACGACGUUAGAGUACUUCAGCUACGUCUUCCAUUUUCAAGCGUUGAUGGCUGGGCCGGUGAUAUUUUAUCGUGAUUACAUCGAUUUUAUUCACGGACGUAAUCUAGCUGGAGCGAAAGCUUUGACGGGUUGCGACAAGAAUUCCGGUCACUAUGACGAAAUAGUCCUGGAACCAUCACCGGCACCGGUCGUAAUAAAAAAGGUCGUGGUGAGCUUAUUGUGCGCGGCUAUGUUCGUGACUUUCAUUCCAACGUAUCCGAUUCAGAAGCUAAAAGACGACGACUUUCUGAAGAACACCACGGCGUUCUACAAGAUGUGGUACCUCAUGGUGACCACUAUGUUAGUUCGUUUUAAGUAUUACCACGCGUGGAUCUUCGCCGACGCCAUUUGCAAUAAUUCCGGGUUUGGGUUUAGCGGUUAUGACGACAACGGUGAACCCAAGUGGGAUCUAGCUUCUAACGUUGACGUUUACGGCUUCGAGAUGUCCCUCAAUCUGAGAGACAGUAUCGAGCACUGGAACAAAGGAACCAAUAGGUGGCUUAGGUCGAUUGUGUAUGAAAGAGUAAAGCAAAAUAAAGUUAUGUUCACGUACGCUCUUUCUGCCUUGUGGCACGGUUUUUAUCCUGGUUACUAUUUAACAUUCGCCAAUGGAGCCUUUUUUACCGUGGCGUCACGCGUUGCUCGCCGUAACAUACGACCAUACUUCUUAGGGUCCAAGGGAAUGAAGUUCCUGUACGAUGCGCUUACGUUCACUACAACGCGAUUGUUAAUGGCCUAUAUGACAUUCAGCUUUAUACUCUUGGAAUUUAUGCCAAGUGUUACGAUGUACCUGUAUGUAUACCUGUUCCCACAUAUAAUCGGUUUAGCUUUACUAGUGAUCGCACCACGUCUUCCGAAAAUCCCGUCGCACAAGGAAGCAACCGAAAAGGAAUCGAAAACUCCUCAGGAAUUAAUCAACGGGACCGCGCGUAAAUCCAUG